AGUUCAAUAAUCCCUGAGCUUGUUUCAAUUAUCUGGCAAAAUGUUGUUAACUCUUAAAAACCUGCAACAACAAACUUUUACAAUAGAAAUAGAGGCAACAGAAUCGGUAAAGAGCUUUAAACAGAAGAUAGAAAGCUCCAAGGGGUCUGAAGACUAUCCGGCCCAGCAUCAAAAACUUAUUUAUGCCGGAAAAAUAUUAGUUGACGAUGAACCUCUUUCUAAAUAUAAUAUCGAUGAAAAGAAGUUUAUCGUUGUUAUGGUCGCCAAACCUAAAGGAGCAGCAUCCACUAGUCCAGCAGCAGCAGCUCCUGCCGUCUCUACACCCUCUACUCCUGCAGCUCCCUCUACCCCUGCAGCUCCCUCAACUCCUGCUGUACCUUCUACACCUUCAGAGUCUACUCCUGGAACUCCUGUAGAGGAGAAGAAGGAGGGCGGAGGAAAUACAGGUGACCUGGUGGUGGGAGAGGAAUACAACAGAAUGGUUCAGAAUAUUAUGGAUAUGGGAUACGAGAAGGCACAAGUUGAAGCUGCACUUAGAGCUAGCUUCAACAAUCCGGACAGAGCUGUUGAGUAUCUGUUAACUGGUAUACCAGACUCCGCUGCUGGGUUACCAGGACCAACUCCACCUACUGCUGGAGCUCCAGCUAUACCGCAGUUGUCUGCUCCAGCUGGAGAAGAUAUCCAGCCUGGAACUGGAGAGAACCCUCUAGCAUUUUUGAGGGACCAUGAGAUGUUCCAGCAGAUCCGAGCAGUUAUUCAGCAGAACCCUGGGAUGCUCUCCACGAUGCUUCAGCAGAUCGGACAAUCAAACCCUCAGCUUCUUCAGAUUAUUUCACAGAACCAGGAGGCCUUCAUCAGGAUGAUCAAUGAGUCGGAGGGAGAGGAAGGAGGAGCACUAGAGGGAGAAGAAGGAGGACUAGACCAACCUGGAGUUAUCCAGGUCUCUCCUCAGGACAAGGAAGCUAUCGAGAGGUUGAAGGCCCUGGGGUUCCCUGAGCACCUGGUUGUGCAGGCAUACUUCGCCUGUGAGAAGAAUGAGAACCUCGCCGCAAACUUCCUCCUCUCACAAAACUUCGACGACUAGAAGACUAGAGGAGAGGAGGGGGGAUUGCUUAUUCAGAAACUGAUCUAAAUGAUGCCGCCACUGUUGUAAGAUUUAUGACGAUAAAAUACAAAAUAAAUAUUUAAUGAAAAACGGUGAAAUAUAAGUUUUCCAGUUA